AUGGACGCCAUAGCGGGGAAUGUUUUCCAGGGACUGACCUCUUUGGCCCUUGAACAGUUCAAAUUGCUGUGGAGUGCUAAACAUGAUGUAGAAAGCAUGAAGAACACGAUCCGUGCCAUCAGAGCUACACUGUUAGAUGCAGAGGCAAGCGCCAACGACAGCCAUGAAGUCCGCUUGUGGCUGGAAAGAUUGAAAGAUGUCCUCUAUGAUGCGGAUGACCUGCUUGAUGAUUUGUCCACUGAAGCUUUGAGGAGGGGAAUCAUGACUGGAAACAAGGUGGCAAAGAAGGUACGGAUCUUCUUCUCAAAAUCAAACCAAGUUGUUUUUAACUUUAAGAUGGCUUAUAAAUUGAGGGAAGUCAGGGGAAGGCUAGAUGAAAUUGAUAAUGACAAGAAACGCUUUUAUUUGAUGGAUCAUCCUCCUAAGCCUCUGCUUGUACUUGAGGAACGAAAGCAAACAUACUCUGUUGUGCAAGAUGAAAUAAUUGGGAGAAAGGAGGAAACGGUUAAGAUUUUAAGUUAUUUACUAGACAGUAAUGUGAAAUCUAGCGUUUCGAUUAUUCCCAUUGUUGGAUUUGGAGGGUUAGGCAAGACUGCACUUGCUCAAGUUGUGUACAAUCAUGUGGAUGUUCAAAAACAUUUUGGGCUGAAAAGGUGGGUAUGUGUGUCUGAAGAAUUUAAUGUAAAACAAGUAGCACAAAAGAUUUUAGGGCAAGAAAGUCGGAAAAACUUAGAACAAGUGCAACAAGAACUUAGACAAUUAAUAGAGGGAAAAAAGUUUUUGAUUGUGUUGGACGAUGUGUGGAAUGAAGAUGUUGAGAUUUGGGAUAAGUUGAAAUGCUUAUUAACCACAGGUGUAGAGGGAAGCAUGAUAAUUGUUACCACACGUAGUGAGAAGGUGGGAAAUAUGAUGAAUGAGACCUAUUCGCCAAUCAUCCUUGAAGGUUUAGAUGAUGACAGAUCAUGGGAGUUGUUUUGUAGAAUGGCUUUCGAAGGGGGUAGAGAAUCAAAUAAUAAGGAGAUGUUAAAAAUUGGCAUUGAUGUUGUAAAGAAAUGUGGAGGAGUUCCUCUUGCUAUUAGAGCUGUUGGAAGACUUGUGUAUGAUAAAAUCUUAGAAGGAAUAACAGAUUUGUCAUACUUAAGGAAUUCUGAGCUUUGGAAUAUAGAUCAGUUGGAGAAGAGAAUCUUCACUGUGCUUAAACUCUCUUAUGAUCAUCUUCCUUCACCCAUGAAAAAUUGCAUUGCUUUUUGUUCCUUAUUUCCAAAAGGUUUUUUAUUCCACACACAAACACUAAUUCGAAUGUGGGUGGCUGAAGGAUUCAUUCAAUCAACUAAUAAGAGGUGUAAGGAAGAUCUUGGGAAUGAAUAUUUUAUGAAUCUACUUUCAAGAUCCUUCUUUCAAGAUGUCAAAAGAGGUUCUAGUGGUGACAUAGUGGGGUGCAAAAUGCAUGAUCUCAUUCAUGAUUUAGCACAAUUUAUAGCAAAGGAUGAGUAUCUUCUCAUUAAAGAAGAAAAAGCAAAGAGUACUAAAGACACAAUACGUCACUUAGCAUAUGAUGUGCCGAGAGAAAAUUGGGAAGUUCCAACUUCCUUUCUUGAGUUUGAAAAAUUAAGAACAAUGCUUUUGUUCACCCAUUCUUUUUCUUCUCAGAUGGAUCACCCAGUUUUUGAUUUGCUUGCAUCAAAAUUGAAAUUCUUACGUGUUUUGGACCUCGGGAGUUCGUUCAUGAACAAAAUUCCGAAAAGCAUUGGAAAAUUGAAGCAUCUAAGAUUUCUUGAUCUUUCAUGUAAUGAUAUCAAGCAAGUCCCAAGAACUAUUACCAAACUUUACAACUUGCAAAGCUUAAACCUCAGUUGGAAUCCAUCAAUUCGAGAAUUGCCAAAAGACGUUAGUGAAUUAGUAAGCUUGAGGCAUCUUAACCUUACGGGUUGUGAUGGGUUGGAAUGGAUGCCAAGUGGUUUGCGGCAAUUAACUUCUCUUCAAACCUUGACAAAUUUUGUAGUAGAUAACCGGGAGAUGCAUAAGAAAAGGGCAAGUGCAAGGAUAAGUGAAUUGAGUGAGCUCAACAACUUGAGAGGUAUUCUAAGAAUAAGUGGGUUGAAACACCUGAGGUCAAACCCUGAAGAGGCCCAGUCUGCAAGAUUAAAAGAGAAGGAACGUCUUCAACAAUUAUCCUUAUGUUGGGACCCAUUAUACUCUCCGUCUGGUGAAAUCUCGAAAGAUGCUUCUGAUGAAUUGAUUCUAGAAAGGCUCCGUCCUCAUCAUACCAUCAAAUGUUUAGUCAUUGAAAGAUUUUGUGGCGAAAGGUUACCAGACUGGAUUGGAAAUCUCAUGGAACUACGAUAUCUUGAGCUCGUGGAUUGCUGGCAUUUGACAUCACUUCCUGAAGGUCUUCGUAACCUCGCAUCAUUACAAUCACUGCGCAUACAUAGAUGCCCAUCGUUUGCCGCUGAUGAUAUUCGGCAAGAUUUUGCUCGUAUUCCAAGUGUGCGCAUUGUAUAA